CGCUGACAGAACGUCAGAAAUUCAACAUACCUCAACUGAGUCGGUUAAUAUUUGUGAAUAGUCUCUAUUUAUACGAGAAAAUAUCUAAUAAUUACUUGCAAAAGUUAUUUGAUAUAAAAUAUAGUUUCAAAAUAAUUUGGUGAACUAUUUUAUUAAUAAACAAUUCAGUGAGUGUUCAUCAACUAUCACUUCUUUGGUUUGAUUCUUAUUCAAGAUGUGGCUUAGUUUCUCUCUGCUCGCGACUCUAAUAAACGUAGGAGUAUCGUUAAGCGAAUCUGCGGAGUACGAGCAAAACGAGCUGUUAUCACCUUCAGUGAAUAGAAACCAAAACAAUGCGUUCAUAAAUAAUAAAAAUGAAUUGCCUACAAAACUCAAACAAAGAGCUUUUGAAAAAAUAAAGGAUCAUUCAAACUGGGACAAAUUUAAUUAUAAAGUUGAUCAAAACCUUCGGAGCAUCCCUGCUAAUACAGAACCACUCGAUGACACAAUAUUCGAUUAUUUAGAUGAAUUACAAACAGACGAGCUGGAUGAGGCGACAUUAAAUCAACUGUCAAACUAUCUGUCAUCACUUCUUUCCCAGCCGAUAUGGAACACACCGUUAGUUAUCGUUGAGGACCCGCUGCUGCUUGACGAGGCAGAAGACUCAAGUGAGCUUGACAUGAUGCCUUCUGUUAACAAGAGAUCAAGAUAUUAUCGCCGCUAUCCGUGGAAGCGUCAACACUCGAGGCCUGGAAAUUCACUCGACUACGAAUCAUUGCACCUAUGCACACCCUCCCGAAACGAUAUCUAUCAACUGUUGGUAGCUCUUCACCAAGUACGCAACGGAGAAAAACAAGCGACUGUUAACUUCUGCAAACGCCGUCGACCUGUCAGCAAAGUCUUCACCAGCAUUCGAUUCCUCGGACGAAGGAAGUAAUUGGUUUAUCUAUUAUUGAUUAAUUUAAUCAGAAAAGUAAACUCUUCUCUUAGCUCGAUAAUCGCAGCUCAAAUUGUCCGUUUAUUUAACUUUAAUAAUCUUUUUAUUUAUUUUUAAAUAAAAGUAUACCUAACAGCAGAGAC